GCACUGAACGACCUGGAUGAAUCAGUAUUAACAGUCACAGUAAACCAUCGAACUGUUCUGGGUACCACGGAUUGUAUUGGAGCUGUAGAACUGCGUCUUCGCCCACUGACGCAGAUACGAAUGCCUACAUGGUAUCGCCUGUGCAAAAAAGGCAAGUAUGGUGAGGAUGGGCAACAGAAAUAUCGUGGCGAAAUUUGCCUGAAAUUCGAAUUUUCCAAUAAACUGUGCACCGAAACGAUGCAAAAUCUAUCGGUCUCGUCAUUUUCAAUCAAUUCGUUUCGUGGUGGAAGCAAACUUGAUACACUGAAACGUAAAAUGCACAUUGGUAAGAAGAAGGGGAAGAGUGGUUUCGCGGAUAGCUCAUCGCUUGUUAGCCUGCCACAGUAUGCCACGCGACGAUCAUCGUUAUGUGAAGUUUGUCCAACAGUGCCGAAAUCGGAGCAGGCCUCAAUGGUUGGCCUGAUAACCCCGCCAGCUGCUUCCAGACCCUAUGCAACAUUACCGUACAGCGCAAAGAGUACCGGUGGUGCGCCAGGAAGCGAUAGCCCAUUCGGAUACAAUCACUCACGGCGCACCUCUGCCUCAUCCAAUCGCAAUUCCCUUAAUUCUUCACCAGUUCCAAUGGCCGGUGAUACAGAUGCUUUUGAAUCACCUGCUGUGAUACAGCGUCCGCGCAGUGCAGCUUCAUCAGGCUUCGGUUCGGCGCGAUCAACCGUGAUCAGUGGCUCCGAAAUGAUUUCGAUUUCACGUCACGCUUCACGUGAAGAGUUGCUAAAAAACAUCAACGAUUUGCGGGUGGAAUUGGCGAGGCGAGAUGCAAAAAUAUACGAUUUACAAGACUACAUUGGAAGAUUGCUUGCACGAAUUAUGGAAAGGGAUCCAGAGCUACUGGAAAUCACAUCACCUCGUAGUUCAUUGUACAGGCAUUAG